AGCCGUCGGCUGGAUAGCCCAUGGUGCCGGUCUAUUUAUGGUGCCGGUCGAUGACGCCCAGGCUGCGAGGCAAGUCGGGCCGCCGCCCGGAGCCCUUUGAUGACUUGGCCCCGGAGUCUGUGCGAUUGGCAUUGUUGUGCCUUUCACGGUAGUAGAGGAGAUCAAAGGGCAAAGGACGUACGCCGGCACAUCAUUGUAGGGUCGCACAAGGUCCCCAUUCCAUUCUGCCUCUGCAAAGGCCGCUGUGUAAGCCAAUCAAUACCCGCCGCCUGGGCGACUGCUCUCCGGGGUGCCAUUGGGCUGGGUCAAAUCCCACGUUGUCAUGCUCCUGCCUCGCCACCGACAAGCCAUCGAUUUGUUACCACCGCCUUCGAUCCCGAUCCUUGCCACCAUAUCCAUUGCCAUUCAUAUCUUAGACCUCAACACAAUCUCGGUACAGCCUCACUCUCUACACCGCGCAAGCCUAACCACAACCGUGGCACACUCAGAAGAGAAACACCAACCGCUGCUACUGUACCGCUGCGACAGAGGGUUCAACAGAGUACGUCUCUUCUACACGAGAUUGUCCAUAUACCGCAGAUUCCCGCUCGGAUACCCUGCAUAGGCGAUCGAGCCCCUCUGGUCGAUCCUGACCUCAUCACGCCCAUUGACGACCACCAACGAAAUUUAACGCUCAGCAACGACCAUUGACCAUCUUCAGACCGGUCCUCUUCUGCCCCUGACUACCGGAUCACGCCCCUUGCCCCUCUCGUGUCACAAGUUUUGACAGCCUCAAACGCCCUCAGCCCCAUCAUACCAUUCUCCGUCCUUCCAGGCACUGUGAGACUCUGCACUCGACAGCGGACACCACCAUUUCCGUACUCGCUUGCAGUUCGGCUGCUUCUCAGGGGUUCUCGUCCC